AGCAAGUAUAAAUAGUGAGACUUCACGCGCAGCGUCGCUCUCGGAUCUGAACUCUCGGCAGGAAGAAUUGUCAAAGAUCUUAACAUCCCCCGAGCGCGCUCCGGCGGGGAAGCCCGGGCCGCGGCCCCGCCGCCCCCGCCCCUCCCCCGCCGCCCCCUCCGCUCCCCGUCCUCCUCCUCCUCGUCUUCGUCCUCCUCCUCCUCCUCCUCUGCGCACUUCUGCUUCUCCUUCUACUUCUCCUCCUCUUUCUUCUUUCUUCUCUUUUUCUUCCUCCUCCUCCACCUCCUCCUCCUCCCGCUCCUCCCCCACCCCUGCCCCAUUGAUGUGUUGUUAUUGGGGGGGCUGGAGCAGUAAGAAAAGGAGGAGGAAAAAAGGAGCGGGGCUCGGCUGGGAGCGGCUGGGCGCGGGGCCGACGGGCGGCGGCGGCGGCGAUGGAAGAACUUACGGCGUUCGUCUCCAAGUCCUUUGACCAGAAAGUGAAGGAGAAGAAGGAGGCCAUCACCUACCGGGAGGUGCUGGAGAGCGGGCCGCUGCGCGGGGCCAAGGAGCCGGGCGGCUGCGCCGAGCCCGGCCGCGACGACCGCAGCAGCCCGGCAGUCCGGGCGGCCGGCGGAGGCGGCGGCGGAGGAGGCGGAGGCGGAGGAGGUGCAGGAGGAGGAGGAGGAGGAGCAGGCGGAGGAGCUGGAGGAGGGCGCUCGCCCGGCCGGGAGCUGGACAUGGGCGCCGCCGAGAGGAGCCGGGAGCCGGGCAGCCCGCGGCUCACCGAGGUGUCCCCGGAGCUGAAGGAUCGAAAAGAGGAUGCAAAAGGGAUGGAGGACGAAGGCCAGACCAAAAUCAAGCAGAGGCGAAGUCGGACCAAUUUCACCCUGGAACAACUCAACGAGCUGGAGAGGCUUUUUGACGAGACCCACUACCCGGACGCCUUCAUGCGCGAGGAACUGAGCCAGCGGUUGGGGCUGUCGGAGGCCCGAGUGCAGGUUUGGUUUCAAAAUCGAAGAGCUAAAUGUAGAAAACAAGAAAAUCAGCUCCAUAAAGGUGUCCUCAUAGGGGCCGCCAGCCAGUUUGAAGCUUGUCGAGUUGCACCCUAUGUGAAUGUAGGUGCUUUAAGGAUGCCAUUUCAACAGGAUAGUCAUUGCAACGUGACGCCCUUGUCCUUUCAGGUUCAGGCGCAGCUGCAGCUGGACAGCGCCGUGGCGCACGCGCACCACCACCUGCACCCGCACCUGGCCGCGCACGCGCCAUACAUGAUGUUCCCGGCGCCGCCCUUCGGACUGCCGCUUGCCACGCUGGCCGCGGACUCGGCCUCUGCCGCCUCUGUAGUGGCGGCCGCCGCCGCCGCCAAGACUACCAGCAAGAACUCCAGCAUCGCCGAUCUCAGACUGAAAGCCAAAAAGCACGCGGCCGCCCUGGGUCUGUGACGCCAAGGCCAAGGCCACCGUCGCGCCGGCCGCGCGGCGCUCAGCCUGCACGCCCUCCGCGCCCCCUGCUCCGAAUCCCGGGAGCCCGCCCUCUGUGCGCCCUGCAGACUGCCCCCAGCCCCCCUCAGCACCCCGGACUCCGCGCAGGACCUGGGAUCCCACGAGGCGCUCCAGCCUCGGGGCUCCUGCCCAGUUUUCCCGUGGGCCUAGAAGUGGGCUUUGUAGGAGCGGGUUUGGGGAAGUCCGGAGGGAGAGUGGACGCGGGAGUUCUGGGACAGCCGGAGCGUGGCUCACCACGACAAAGCUGCAACGUGGACUCACAUAGAAAUAAAAUCCUGACAAAAAUGAGGAAAAAAAA